CUCCCAAAGACCGAUAAUCGGAGUAUCCGCCCAGGAGUAAAACGUCGAGAACGCUCAAGUUUUCAUAUUUCCAAAAUGGUUGCAGACGCUCUGGUUUAUCACCCUGCUUUGGCGCACUACUUGCGCUUUGUCGCGACAACUGUCGACUCCGCCAUCAAUCCCUACAAUGCCAUCAAGAAGCAGUUCGGCACGACACGAAAGAUCCUCAGAAUUGGAAAAUUCGUGGAGCAUCUCAAGGCUGCCGCGCUUGCCGCUGACAACAAGAGUCCCAUCGAUCCUGUGCUUCGGUACCUCGCCAUCGGCCGCCAGCUCGGUUAUGCCGGUUACCUGACUCUCGAUACCAUCACUGUUGUCGACGUGAUCGGUGUUAAGAAGCUUGCUGCGGCCAAGCGGUUGCAAGAGUCUGCCUACCGCUCUUGGAUGGCAGGCUUGGCCUGCAGCGCUGUCGCUGGAGUUUACACUUUGUGGAGGCUGCAGGAGAAGGAGAAGACACUCGACCGUAAGGAGGGAGAGGGUGUCGUAGAAGCCAAGAAGCUCGAGAAGGAACGUGCCGCCGCCCGUAUCCAGCUGAUCUCCGACCUGUGCGACUUGACCGUUCCCAUCUCUGCGCUUGGCCUCGCCUCCCUCGAUGAUGGUAUUGUCGGCAUUGCCGGUACUAUCAGCAGUUUGAUCGGAGUGUGGGCGCAGUGGCGUAAAACCGCAUAGAUGAAUGCGAUCGAUUGCCGUUCUCACUGAGCGGAUGAAGUCAGCUCUUAAGUGAGGUACGGAGUAGUCUUGACUUGUUCCGCCAAGAUUGUGCGAGUCAUACACUUAUGGAUUCAGG